AAAUCGUAACCUUUCAGCAAUACAUAACACUGCAACGAACCAAUCAUUUAUUGUACGGGCGUAAUUAGAAAGCAAUAAUUAAGCGUAAUUUUUACGUGUAACCAACAACAACACACUAAAUAAUUGUGAGUGCAGCACGUAUAAUUGUAAAAGAACGCGCGUUGCCUUGUUAUUGCAAUUUAAAGUGCUUAAAAGUACGUCGCCAUUUUUUGACAGGCUCGAAUCGACACACAUACAAAAGAAAACCAGAGUCAGAGCUGAAAAAAAGAAGACUGUGCGUGCUUGCGUGUGUUUGUUUGUGUCGGCUGUGUGUGGUUACGUCUAUGAAUUUUUUAUACAUACCAAAACCUACUUACAAAUUAAUACAUACCCGCAGCAGCUGCAGCCAGUUACAGUAACUUAAUCGCCGAUAUUAGCAUUCAUAUUAGUAUAGUGUAUAGUAAUAAUAAUAUUAAUAAUCGAAAACCACUGAUUACCAACCACCGCCAUAUAAACGAACCCGACAACAGCAGCAGUUAUCGACGUGGACGAUAACGCCAAAAAGGAAUAGCAGGCAGAAGUGAGCUGAGGGGCAUACGACGAGAACGAACUGCAUAUUUAAUAAUAUUCUGGCACAAAUAAAAGCACAACUGUGAUUUAAACAAAUAACAACAGAUUGAAAUGGCCAAAACGUACGACUACCUGUUCAAAUUGCUGCUUAUCGGCGACUCUGGAGUUGGCAAAACCUGCAUAUUGUUUCGAUUCUCAGAGGAUGCGUUUAAUACGACGUUUAUAUCCACAAUAGGUAUCGAUUUUAAAAUUAGAACAAUUGAAUUGGAUAACAAGAAAAUCAAAUUGCAAAUAUGGGACACUGCCGGCCAGGAACGAUUCCGGACAAUCACCACGGCAUAUUACAGAGGUGCCAUGGGCAUUAUGCUUGUCUAUGACAUAACACAGGAGAAAUCUUUUGAAAAUAUUAAAAAUUGGAUUCGAAAUAUCGAAGAGAAUGCCGCCGCUGAUGUGGAGAAAAUGCUGCUGGGCAACAAAUGUGAACUGAACGAUAAGAGACAGGUUUCGAAGGAACGCGGGGAACAAUUGGCUAUUGAAUAUGGUAUCAAAUUCAUGGAGACAUCCGCGAAAGCAAGCAUUAAUGUGGAAGAAGCGUUCCUCACGCUCGCCAGCGAUAUCAAAGCGAAAACAGAAAAGCGAAUGGAGGCGAACAAUCCACCCAAGGGAGGUCAUCAACUGAAACUCACAGAGACUCGAACAAAGGACAGUUGGCUGUCAAGGUGCAGUCUGCUUUGACGUGGCAAUGUGCGUGUGGCACUGAUGCGGCAUGGUGGUAAUAAUUAUGAUAACGUAUGUGGUAGUAGUUUUCUUAACUCCUGUUAAGUCCCAACAACAAAUACAUCAACAACAACAACAACAAAACGAGCGAAACUCCCCUGAAUAUGCGAGAUAAUAAAAUAAUAAUUAUAAUAUUAAUAUUAAUAAUAGUAAAGCUAAAACAUUUGUAUUUGCAAACGUGACAAGACCACAAGUUGUACGAAAUAUGCAUACGAAAUACUUAUACAUACAAUAUUCAUUUAAAGUUAAAACAAAUUAACUGACACGACUAUUGUGAAAACCUAACCAGCCCGCCCGCCCGCCUAUCGCCCCGCCCCGUUCCGCCCGCUCUGCUUUGACCUCUCCUUCGCCUGGAAGCAUUUCAUUUUUAUUAUGUAUAAUUUCUAAAAAUUUUCUGUAGCACGAAAUAAGCAGCCAAGGUUGUUCACAAUUUGUAAAACAAUGACACAAUAAUAAUAAAUUAAUAAAUUAGAAAAUAAAUAUAUAUAUUUUAUAUAUAUUUAUAUUUAAAUGCAUAUAAUAUAUAUAUAUAUAUGUAAUUUCGCUUGCAUUCUGAAAUAAUAUUUCAAUUAAUUCAUUUAAUAUAUAGUUCAUUUCGUGUACAACCCAUGAAAAUCCUUCAAUUCAUUUUGGAAAGCUGUUUAGACGCAUACGCACAAUUAUCAUAAAUCGGUCCAUUAAGAUAUCGAAAUAGUUCUCAUAGUUGCGGGUGCUUCUCCAUAUAUACAUACAUACCACACAGGGCAUUGUCAAUAAACGAACCGUUAUGAUCUAAUGAAA